AUGCCUUCUUCAAAGACUGUUGCUCUUUUCACACUUGGUCUGGCUUCUGUCAAAGGCGCGCUGGCCGCGUUGAACCUGAACAGCCCAAAUAACAUUGCCGUGUACUGGGGAGUAUACCAACUCUCCUUCGUCACUAGGAUCAACGGAGUUGGUGGUGUUCCUGAAGUCAAUUUCGCAAAUGCCGGCGACAACUGCACCGCGUUUCCAGGAACUCAGCUUCUAGACUGUCCACAGAUUGCUGAGGACAUCAAAGAAUGCCAAUCACUUGGACGGACAAUCCUCCUUUCAAUCGGAGGAGCCACCUACAACGAAGGCGGCUUUUCCAGCGAAGCAGCCGCAGUCGCCGGUGCCAAGAUGAUUUGGGAGACAUUUGGACCGGUUUCCAAUUCCUCUGCGAAACGACCCUUCGGAGAUGCGGUGGUCGACGGGUUCGACUUCGACUUCGAGGCCGUUGUCAACAACAUGCCGGCCUUUGGGAACCAGUUGCGGUCGUAUUACGCCAGCGAUACUUCAAAGAAAUACUACACCACCGCUGCACCCCAGUGUCCCUACCCAGACGCUGCGGACGGCCCUAUGCUCAAUGGCGCUGUGUACUUCGACGCGAUAUGGAUUCAGUUCUACAACAACUUCUGCGGACUUCAAUCGUUUGUCCCCGGCAGCUCCACACAGAAUAACUUCAACUUCGAUGUUUGGGACAAAUGGGCUCGUGAAACCUCUUUGAAUAAAAACGCCAAAGUCUUUCUCGGUGUUCCUGGGAACCAAGGUGCGGCUGGCACCGGGUACCAGCCGAUAUCGAGGGUUAGCGAGAUCAUUCAGUAUGUGAAAAACUUCAGCAGUUUUGGAGGCGCCAUGAUCUGGGAUUCGAGUCAGGUGUACGCCAACAGCGGCUUUCUUUCAGGGCUCAGGUCCGCUUUGGGAGGUAGCAGCGCUGCUCCAACUACGACGACGAGCCCGACCACGACAUCGACAACGACCUCACCUACCCCGACGACGACCACGACCCCAUCUACAAGUACCACGCUGAUCACCACCACGAAGUCCACCACAACCAGUCCAACGUCGGGCACGCCAACCGCUACACCCACCUCGACGGUGUGUCCGGUUGCUGGGCAGACAUGCCCGACUAGCGGGUCGUUUUCUUGCAAUGGCAGCCAAUUUGGUAUUUGCGACAAUGGGCGCUGGGCGAUGCAGCAAUGUCCUGCUGGCCUUGUUUGUGCCCAGAGUGGUUCGGGUGUUUAUUGUGACUUCCCUGGUUCGGCGGGUGUCGCACCUUGUUCUUGA